UGCAGAAGAACGGGACCCUCCCCCAACAGAAGCGGCAGUGCUUUCUGGAGCACAUGCUGGCCUCUGAAGAGGGCGCAGCUCUGAGCGACGCGGAGCUCGCCGCUGAGGUCAAGACCUUUGUUAUGGCAGCCUCGGCGACCUCGAUGGACGUCCUUUCCUACCUCAUCUACACGCUCGCUAUCCGCCAGGACAUUCAGGACAAAGUUCGACAAGAGAUCGACGACAUCUUCGGCGAGGAGCGCGGGCGCCCCGUGGAGUCCUCGGACCUCGCCCACAUGGAGUACACGGAGCGGGUCAUCAAGGAGACGCUGCGCUACUUCAGCGUCCUGCCUCUCUUCGCGCGCACCGUCACCGAGGACUUGCCCCUGCCGUCCGGCUUCACCGUCCCGCGCGGCUGCGAGGUGGCCUUCUGGCUGCCCUCCGUGCACCGGAACCCCAAGUGGUUCCCGGAGCCGGACAAGUUCGACCCGGACCGCUUCCUCCCGGAACACUCGCGCGGCAGGCACCCCUUCGCCUUCGUGCCGUUCAGCGCCGGGCCCAGGACCUGCACCGGCCGGCGGUACGCCAUGAUGUUCCUCAAGACGGUGGUGGCCGCCAUCGUGCCGCGGCUGCGGUUCGAGGUCCCCGACGACGGCCCCAAGCGCGUUGAGGACAUACCGCUCUUGAUGAACGUCUCCAUAUCCGUGCGGGGUGGCGUCAACAUCCGUGUGCACCGGCGGUCACAGACAGACAUGAGCGUAGUCCCCGCUUCAGACAAACCUCUUGGCCGGUCUCAGAAGCCACUUUGA